CACAACUCGGGGCCGCCCCCCCAAUGUGAUCUGGUGCCGCCGCUGUUUUCGCAAAGGCUGACUCCACUUUUCUUCUUCGUCUUCCCCAACUUUCCCUCCGACCAUGUUCGUCGGUAACUAUUUCAGCCGCCGCCGCCGCUCAUUGGAGUCGCAACUAAUAGAUCCAUCUUAACCCAACCAAUAGAUCCCUCUUACUUUCCCCAAUUUCAGAUCGUUCUAUUUUGGCGGCUGGAAAGAAAUUCGGAUCGUUCGUUGAGGUUAUUAGUGAGUGAUUUGAUUACUACUGGGAUUCUGAAGGUUAAGGUGUAUUCGUUUUCUUAAUCUGUUUGCAGAGGACUGCGAGGGCUUCUCUAAUUGGUAUAAGUUCGUGUAAAUGGAACAUUCCGAGUACAGAUUCUUCACAUUUUCACACUCUGUUUCAAUAAAUUAAUGGGAGAAGGAAUUAAGUGUUCAUUGAUUGCUGCUUUCAAGGGUCCAAAUUUGUUCCCUGGGUAUUGGGAGGAUAAUCAGAGGCCGCCUGGAUAUUACAUUUUAAGAUUGGUGGUCUUUAUUGGUACAGCUUAUUGAUUCUUUUGUUUUAAAUUAUAAUAUCAUUCUUUGCUGACUUUGACAAACAAAGUUUGUUGUAAUACCUCACGGAAGAAGAUGGAGGAUGAAGAUGUAAGUUAUCAUUCAAGAGUAGAUUUGAUGCUUGAUGGUUUGCAGCGUCGACGCAUAUCGAAUGAUUCCCUUCUACCAAUGCUCGAUGAUGAUGCAGCAAUGAAUUGCUUUGCUUACGUUCGAAGAUCUGAUUAUGCUUCACUAUCGUGUGUUAACUCGAGGUUUAACAAGCAGAUUAGAAGUGGUACAUUGUCUGAGUUGAGGAAGAAGAUAGGGAUUGUGGAGUAUUGGGUGUAUCUGGUUUGUGAUCUAAAGGAGUGGGAAGCGUUCGAUCCCGAUAGAAAUAAAUGGAUGGCAUUGCCUAAGAUGCCUUGUGAUGAGUGUUUCAAUCAUGCUGAUAAAGAGUCCUUAGCAGUAGGCAGCGAGUUAUUGGUUUUCGGUCGAGAGUUUUAUGAUUUUGCUAUAUGGAAAUAUGCAUUUUUUCCUCAUUGUUGGGUAAAAUGUCGAGGAAUGAACCAGCCUCGUUGUUUGUUUGGGUCUGGCAGUCUCGGUUCGAUAGCCAUAGUAGCAGGUGGGAGUGAUAUAAAGGGAAAUGUUCUAAACUCAGCAGAAUUAUACAACUCUUCAAAGGGUCGAUGGGAAACGUUGCCUAACAUGCACGUCCCACGUCGGUCGUGUUCCGGGUUCUUUAUGAACGGGAAAUUCUACGUGAUUGGUGGGAUGUCAAGUCCUACAGUGUCACUAACAUGUGGGGAGGAGUAUGAUUUAAAGAAGAGGAAAUGGAGGAAAAUCGAAGGGAUGUAUCCAUACGUGAAUCAAGGAGCUCAGGCGCCCCCUCUAGUUGCAGUGGUGGAGAAUGAACUAUAUGGAGUGGAGCAUAUAACGAACAUGGUUAUGAAGUAUGAGGAAGCGGGGAACGCGUGGAAGGUGUUGGGGAGACUUCCGGUGAGGGCGGAUUCUUCAAAUGGAUGGGGACUUGGUUUCAAGGCUUGUGGGGAAAAGCUUGUGGUCGUAGGCGGGCAAAGAGGGGCGGAAGGCGAAUCGAUUGUGCUUAGCUCUUGGUGUCCGAAGUCGGGAGUCGAUAAUAAUGGGAGUUUGGAUUGGAAGAUAGUAGGAGUGAAGGAACAUGUUGGGGUUUUUGUGUACAAUUGUGCAGUUAUGGGGUGUUGAAGAAUCAUCAUCAUUUAUAUAACUCUGAUUUCACAGGCCAUAGUUUUUGGUUUCUUGUUCUACAAAGGGAUCAUCUUUUGUUCUUAGUGUUCUUCUUCUCAUAACUUUAGCACCUAAUAAUUGUUUGCAUAGUUUCAGUCUUUGCUGGAUUUGGCUUUUACUCACUAUAUGGAUUACCUUAUUAUCACCCUAUUGCUGCCUUCUGAUUCGUUACGUAACAGGUAAAACUCGCCUCCCGACCCCUCCCCAUCGUAAUUUUUGUGUCUAUGCUUUCUUGUAGGCGAACAUUUUAUGUGAAAGUUGUUCCAUUUACUGUUGUUUUU